CGUUCCCACCCGCGAAUGAUAAGAGACCAUAUAAAACGAAAUGGUUGCCACAAUCUGCUACGUUCUUCGCCAAACUUGAGUCUCUGCAGGUACCGGUGUAAAAGCGACUUCAAAAAUGCGGUUCUUCUCCGUCCUGUUUCUGCUUGGACUGCUGGUUGCACUCGUGACCCUAGCCUCUGCCACAGAAGACGAAAGCGCAGAGCCGCACCUUCGAGUCCGCCGCGGUUUCGGCUGCCCGAUCAGCGACUUCUGCCACAAGCACUGUCUGAGCAUCGGCCGCCGGGGAGGAUACUGCGGAGGAAAGUGGAGGCUCACCUGCAUCUGCUACACGAAGUAAACUGUUCCCCCUAUAAUGCCUCAAUAAAUCUUGAGCGCGCAGUCUGCGCAUGCAGUGCAAUUUUGUGCAAUGUCUCAAACUCAUGAAAAGACACUCUCACU